AUGCCUUGUUCUAAAUGCUAAGAAACCCCAAAUGAGAAUCAGAAUAUAUAAUAACAAGUAAAAGAAACAAAAGCUUCAUUACCACAGCUUGUAAAGUACACCCUUUGCAUAUAUGAUUUCCUCUACAUAAACUCAUCCACCAUUCUUAACUCUUCUCACUUCAUCAAGAGUACUAUCAUUUCUUCAUCCAAAACAACAUCCUCUCUUAAUUUCUUUCCCUAAACUGCCCUUUCGCCGGCUGGAUAACUGAAGAGGUACACUCAUUUCCAUCACCAUGGCUAAGGGUAACAUUGUCAAUGCACUGCAUGCGCUUGGUCUCGUUAGUCUUGUACUGUUCAUGCAGAGAAGUGAAGCAACUACAUUUACAGUAGGUGGUUCAAAGGGUUGGUGUGUUCCUUCUGAUAAUAGUCCUGCUUUUAAUCAAUGGGCUGAGAGAAUGCGUUUCCAAAUUGGUGAUUCAAUAUUGUUUGUGUACCCAUCAGCAAGUGAUUCAGUGCUUCAAGUAACAAAAGCAGACUAUGAUAGCUGCACCACAAGCUCACCAAUUGCCAAGUUCACAGAUGGGCAUACAGAGUUUAAGUUCAGCAAAUCAGGCCCAUACUACUUCAUCAGCAGCAACAAAGACAGCUGCAACAAGAAUGAGAAACUUCAUGUGGUGGUGAUGGCUGACAGAAGCAGCAAAAGCUCACCACCUUCUCCACCACCUUCGUCUUCGCCCGCUGCUGCUGCUUCCCCUGCCCCAAGCAGCAGUCAGAAACAGCAACAGGCACCUGUUGCAUCCCCGCCGAUGGACGAUGGCACCACCAUUGAAGCUCCCUCAGCUGAGUCUAACCCUCCUAAUAAUGGUGUUGCCUCCAUUGUCAUGAGUUUUGUGGGUUCUGUUGGUGCUUUUGUGGGUUCUGCUUUAUUCCUAGCUUUCUGAUUGGUUCUCCAUAGAUGGAGAUAUGUAUGAUGGGGGGAUUUAUUUUUUCUUUUUCGUUUGAUUUUUCUGUGAUAGUGAAUGUAUAAUGUCUUGUGAUUUUGCUUCACAAGAUUGGUGUUUUGUGAUUGUUUGCUGUGUUGGAUGAAUAAGAAAAAGGGUCACAUUUGUCUUGUGAUUCUCAAGUUGAGGGUUAAUUGUA